GAAAGUUGAUCUCCGUUUAAAUUCAUUCUUAGGAUAUCAGGUCUACAAAGCGCAGCAUUGUCCUCGUUUUGAGAUGGGCAUGAUGGACCUUCAGUGUUGACUGUGAGGCAGCGCUUUUCUAAACAAGCACGUGUGAUAGCCAAGAUGGCUGUGCAUUACAAACUCAAGGCGAUCAACUUCCUAGGAAGAGACGUUCCCGUCGUGGUACAAAAUGAGAAUGGGCCAUGUCCCCUCAUUGCACUGGCAAACGUGUUGCUGCUGAGGAACCAGAUACAGUUGUCCGUGGACUAUUCUGAAGUCAGCCAGGAAAGACUUCUUGCGCUGAUCGCUGGCUUCCUGCUCGACUCAAACAAUCCAGAGAGACUGGGCACCUCGGAUGCAGAGCUGCAGGCCAACCUCCAGAAGAACAUGGGGGAUGCAGUGGAAAUGCUGCCCAAGCUAACCACUGGCCUGGACGUGAACAUCUUCUACCACGACAUCAAGGGCUUUGAGUUCACGGACGUUGUGGCCAUUUUCGACCUCCUCGACAUCCAUCUUGUGCACGGAUGGUUGGUGGACCCUCAGGACAAGGAGACAGUGGCCUGCAUCGGCAACAUGUCCUACAAUGCCCUCAUCGAGCGACUCCUCUCGCUGGCUGGAUCCACAUCUGCCGACAAUUCCGCGGCCCCCGCUGCCGACACAACCACCGCCACAGCUGCCACCAGCAUUGGGGCACCUGACAACGCCCCAGAGCCACCUGAAUCUGACGGCCUUGGCAGCAGCAGUGCGGCAAAGGCACCACCUGCAGCCGACAGCGCCGCCGGACCCGCACCGAUGGAGGCCUCUGCAGCUGCAGAAAAGAGUCCAGCUGACAAUAACAUGCGGCAGGAGUUGGAUCUUCUGGGCUCAGAGUAUGACUCAGACCUGCAGGCGGCACUGAACCUCUCCCUGUCCCAGCCAGCCCCUGAAACAUCUUCAAAGCCUCAGGACAUGCAGCAGCCGCAGCCCAUGGCAGUUGACGAGCCGCCACAGCCGACUGUGAUUUUGGUCGCGGCGCCGCAGCCGGCCCCGGCUGACGCGGACGCGGAGGCCAGGAACGCGGCCGCAGACGGGGCGGCUCUGGCAGAGGAUUAUGUUGUGAUCAGUCACCCGAAGGGGUCGGUCCUGGACGAAGAGAUGGCGGAGCCGGACGCUGCUCAGGAGACUCCGGAGGCCGCCACAGAGCGUGCCCAAGAGCCGCCGCACAAGAGCGAUCCAGCUGCAGAGGAGCAGACACCGGAGGCUGCUGCAGAUCCCAGUGAAAAGCCACCGCACAAGAGCAAUUUUGCACAAGAGGAGGUGGCCGCGGAGAGCCAGGCGGCAGACAGCACAGGCGCUGUGCAAGCUCUAGAAAUGAUUGACUCAGACGGCCGGGUACUUGGCGCCAGCACAACCGCCAAGGCGCCGGAAGCUGCCCACCUCGCUGCCAUGCUGGCCGGCUGCGCAAAGGAGGCCUUCCCUGCAGCUCCGACAGAAGCUUCCGGGGCAGCCGCGCUGCAAGUCACGGCCGGUAGCGCGGUAGGGAACGCCGCCGGAGACGCGUCCACGGUGCAAGAACAGGCGCCAUCGGCGGGGGAUCCUGCGCCACCGCCGGGGGGUCGCGCGGCGCCGGGGGAUGCGCAUGUGAUCCGGGCCUUCCUGGACAACACGUCCAGUCAGCUGACGGAGCACGGCCUCGUCAGCCUGCAUGCUGGGCUCAAACCUAAUCAGCUGGCGGUGCUGUUCCGCAACAACCACUUCAACACUCUAUUCAAAUACGAGGACGCUCUCUACAUCCUCGUCACCGACCUGGGCUACCUGCAUGAGAGGCAAGUGGUCUGGGAGAAGCUGGAUGCCAUCGAUGGAGACACUGUCUUUGUGAACAGCACUCUCAAGCUGCCAGAGCCAGUGAAGGCGCGCACACCGGAGGAGGCACGCACACCAACGGAGCAGGCGAACGCCGACUACGCACUUGCGUUGCAGCUGCACCAGGAGGAGCAGGAAGCUGCUGAGCGCCGCCGCGCCGCCGCCGCGGCCGACGGCCGGGCUGGGGACGGGCAGCCGCCGCCUGCCCAAACCGGGCAGCCCGGGCCGCCUGGGCCGCCCGCACCAUCACAGCAGGACACAGGCGGCUGGGGCAGGGCAGGCCACAGGCACCACGGGAGACAUAACAGGCCUCGCAGCGGCUCGCGCCACACCCGGCCUAAACGGGAGGCCUGCAACAUCAUGUGAUCAGCUCUUCGGCUGCCGUGCCGUUUCCAGACUCGUGGCAGGAUUUGGACAUGUUCUCUUGGGGUCUGAUGCAUUGCAGCAGAUGGUGCUUUGGGCAUUGGGCAGAAAGUUAAGUAGGACUUAGAUAUGGGCAUGCAAGAUGGGGAGAUGGGAUGUAAGGGGUCAGGGCAAUAUAAUACGGUGGAACCGAAUACUGAGAGAUCUGGUGCAACCAGAAUGUACACUAGUACAAGAAGGUGCAGGGAAGAUAUUUCUGUGGUGCCUAGGAAAUCCGAGGGCCUGCUUCAUGAACCCAGGCCAUUUUGAUCAAGCACCGGCAGCUAAUAUGUUGUCCAGGCUUUGCUCUUCCGAGAAAUGGGUUAUUUUGCCAAGUGUGUACAUGAAUGGAAUUUGGGGUUGCAUUCUGGCAGCACAAUAUACUAGUGUCCAGACUUCAUGAUGGCAAUAAUAGCAGGACAGUCUCCGAGAGGCUCGAGCGUAUCAGUUAUGCACCUCUGCCUUGAUGCUACUUGUAAUUACUGAUGAAAUGUAAAAGACUGUGUAUUUUC